GGUGUAUGUGUGUGUGUGUUGGGGGUGGGGUGGGGGAGCCAUCUGGUACCUUAGUAGCAUCCAAAACAUCAUCAGCCAUAACGACAGAAAUGGCCAGUCAGUCCCAGGGUAUCCAGCAGCUCCUGCAAGCCGAGAAGCGGGCGGCUGAGAAGGUGGCAGAUGCCAGAAAGAGGAAGGCCCGGCGUCUGAAGCAGGCAAAGGAGGAGGCACAGAUGGAGGUGGAGCAGUACCGUAGAGAGCGGGAGCAGGAAUUUCAGAGCAAGCAGCAGGCGGCCAUGGGCUCCCAGGGGAACCUGUCGGCUGAGGUGGAACAGGCUACAAGACGCCAGGUGCAGGGCAUGCAGAGCUCUCAGCAGAGAAACCGAGAACGCGUCCUGGCCCAACUUCUUGGCAUGGUUUGCGACGUCAGGCCCCAGGUCCACCCCAACUACCGGAUUGCUGUCUAGGAUCCACUGUAGGGCCUGACUGUUCCCUUCCAUUUCCCUUUCUCAAAGAAAUCCCCCAAUCAAAAUUACCUCCCACUAUCUUCCCUGCUUAUUUCCCACUUUCUCUCCAUUCCCUGGAAAUUCUAGGGGCAAGAUCCAAUAAUUCUGUGACAUUUAGAAGUUAUCCUGUUCAGAUCUGAAUCUCCUUAUUGUUCUUUAACCUUCACUGGGACCUUGUAAACUCCCAAGUCACCCUCACCCAACUCCUCUUAAAAUUUGUAGUGUGGAGAAGUCAGGAUGUGGAAAACACUUUGGUUUCAGAGCCUGGGACACUGAGGUCCCUUUCCCAACCCUGCCACUUGCUGGGACAGGACAAGCUACUUAACCUGUAGUCCAGUGUCCUCCCCUACAGGACUGAAAUAAUGAUGACGAUGACGGCAACGACGUUACCUACCUUAUAGGGUUGCUGCAAUGAUUAGGGAUCACUCUGUUAAAAGCCUCGCAUGGUUUUUGGCAUACAGUAGCUGUGAUUCAAUAAAUGGCUGCUUUAUGGCAUUAUUACUACUCCCUGCCCACCUGCCAAAACCUAAACACAGCUGUUUCCUCUUAUUUGUCCAUGGCUUUCUAAUUCUACUUAUUCAUUCUGUGAAUCUAAUAAUUCUCUGAAGAAUUAGUUCUUCCUGCUUCUUUCCUCCCAGAGCUUUAUGAUCCCUGAAAAGUAAUGAAGACCUCACUUAGCCUCUCUACUGUGAUUCCAGGAAGAUGUUGAAUUUGUCUUUUUGUCUCUAAGUUAUGUUAUGUCUUUAUUGGAUUUCCCCUUUUCCGAUUUCCCCAAAGACCCAUCAGAUGCUCACUGCUUCCUGAGACCUAAAUUGUUGCUAUGUUCCCUUGUAUGCAUGGCUUUCCUUUCUGCAUUCUCAAUAUCCUUCCCUUUGUAACAAUGAAAAAGUGUCAAUAAAGGAACUAUGGGCAAAUCAA